UAAACGGAAGGCAUUGAACAAUCUUAAGUGUUUAUAAGUAAAAUCUGUAAUAAUCUAUUAUCUAUUGUACGAAUAUUAUCUUAUCAGUAAACUAAAACUUACUCAGUAAAAAACAAUUGUUCCUAGAAAGGAAUCAAAUAUUAAGAGUAAUCCUGAUAGGUGACUCAUACGAUACAGCAGAAUCAAUUUGUUUGUUAAGUGACAGUUCGAACAAUUUGUAAGUUAUCGAAGGGAAUUUCGAUAAAGAAAAUAUUAAUAAGUUUAAUUGAGUUUUUUGUGAAAGUAAUAAAAAUCAGUUUAGAUUAUUAUCAAAAAUAUUAUAUGAUCUAUCAAUCUUUCUAUAUAAAAUAUUAAAAUGGAUGUUCUAACCAAAUUAAGAAAUACCGUAAGCAAUACUAUUACUAAUACUGUACAUAAUACAGCAUAUGGCCUUUCGCAAUUAUCCAGUGUUCUACCUGGUAAUCCUGUAACUAGAGAAUUCGAAGUAAUUGCUCAUAUAGCUAGUGCAGGACCAGGUUUAUUAUGGAAGGUUUAUAGUGGUUACAAAAAGUCAACGAAGCAAGAAGCAGCUAUAUUUUUAUUUGAGAAACGUAUUCUGGAAAGAUGGUCAUCGAAAACAGAUAGAGAACUUAUAUUGGAAACGUUAAAGCGUGGAAUAAUGCAGUUAACAAAAUUAAGACAUCCACAAAUAUUAACUGUUCAACACCCACUCGAAGAAUCGAGAGACAGUCUUGCAUUUGCUACUGAACCGGUCUUUGCUAGCUUAGCUAAUGCAUUAGGUAAUUUGGAAAAUGUUCCACAACCGCUUCCGACAAACCUAAGGAAUUAUAAACUUCUUGAUAUUGAAAUACGUUAUGGGCUCUUACAACUUGGCGAAGGACUUGCAUUUUUACAUGGGGAUGUAAAGCUUUUACAUCAAAAUUUGUGUCCUGAAUCAAUAGUUAUUAAUUCACAUGGUGUAUGGAAAAUAUUUGGUUUCGAUUUUUGUGCCUUGAAUCAAAGUACAGAUAGCAAACAGCCAAGUUGGUCAUAUACAGAAUAUGAUCCUACCGCUCCAUAUGUGACAUGCCCUCAACUAGAUUAUCAAGCUCCUGAAUGCAUAUUGGCAAGCAGUAAUAGUCCAUCAAGUGACAUAUUUUCUUUAGGCAUGUUAAUUUAUGUUAUACAUUCUCCAGAUAAUCGUCCACUUCAUGAAUCACAAAAUGAUUUGUCCAGGUGUAAACGUUUCUUAGAAAGUUUUAAAGGAUCUGCUGUGUCGUCUAAAUUAUUUUCAGUUCCAGAAAAUCUAAGAGAUACUGCUAAACUAAUGUUAAGUCAUAGCCCUGAAUUAAGGCCAGAUCCUCAUCAAUUUAUUAAGAUCGAAUAUUUUAUGGAUAUCGGAGUCAAAACAUUGAAUUAUUUAGACAAAUUAUUUCAAUGGGAUAAUCUCCAAAAGUCACAAUUUUAUAAAGGUCUUCCACAAGUUUUAAAACAACUACCACAUCGCGUCAUACUUCAUAGAGUAUUACCAUCAUUGUAUAAAGAAUUGGUAAAUCCACCAAUGAUCCCAUUCGUAUUACCAAGCAUUUUACAAGUUAUGGAAUCUUGUGAGAUAGAAGAAUUCAGAGAACAUAUUCUUCCUAAUUUAAAACCUGUUCUUGCAUUAGAGGAUCCACCACAGAUCAGUCUAGUGCUAAUGCAACAAGUAAAUUUGCUUUUAAAGUUGUGUCCUGCAGAUGUUAUUAAAAGUGAUAUAGUUCCUAUGCUUACGCGCGCUUUAGAAUCAGGAUGGGAACAACUUCAAGAACUUUGUUUAACAGCAUUGCCAAACAUAGUAACUAUGAUUGAAGGACCAGUUAUGAAAAAUGCAAUACUACCUAAAAUAAAAAAGAUUUGUUUAAAUAAAAAAACGAAUGGUAGUGCAACUUUAGGAAUCCGUGUUAACUGUUUAUUAUGUCUUGCAAAAAUGUUGCCAAAUUUUGACCGCUGGUUGGUUUAUGAUGAGAUAUUGCCACUUCUUCAAGAAAUUCCUCAUACAGGAGAACCUGCUAUUUUAAUGGCUAUUAUAGGAAUAUAUAGAUUAUUAUUGACACAUAGCAAAAUGGGCAUUAGUAAAGAAAUAUUAGCAACAAAAGUAUUACCUUUUUUGUUGCCACUUUGUAUAGAGCAAAACCUUAGCUCAUCACAAUUUGAAACACUUUCUACAUUGGUGAUCGAUAUGAUUAAUAGAGUAACUACAGAACAUAGAGAAGCUCUUAAACAACUAGAUGCUGUGCGACGUGAGACACAACAGUUUGAAAAAGAACUAUCAGCAACAACACAAAUUACAUUCCCACAACAAAAUAUAUUAAAUGAUAUCAAUGUAACAGCACAGAAACCAUCUAUAAAUAUGGUAAAACAGUGUGUUGGUAUGGAGAAUGGAUUAACAAUAGAAGAAAAGUUUAGAUUGGCACAACAACAAGAAACUCAUCAAAGAUUACAAUCUCAAGAGCCAUUAACGCCGAAAACAAUCUCAUCAAUUUCCAAGCCACAACCUAAAGAUUUAACAGCAACGUUACUAAAAAAUAAUUUAGAUGAAUUAAAUUUAUCAGCAUCUAAGUCUCCGAAUUCGCAAUCAAAUUAUAUUGGUCAAAAUUUAAAUACAACAUGGAAUAAUCAUAAUGCAAAUCAAUUAAAUUCACAAUUUUUGACAUCACCCAUGUCAAGUCAAAUGAUGAAUUGGACCAUGAAUAAUACUACUUCAUCUACAAAUUGGAAUUCGAAUCAAACUUCAUGGAACAUGAUGACGUCUCCUAAUAAUUUAAAUUCAAGUUGGGCUCCACAAACGAAUCUUACAAGGAAGACAGAAUAUGGGUCAAAAGUAAAUUCUCAGAUACUUCAACCAAUGGCUUCACCACCUAAUUUACAAAUACAAACAAAAACGAAUUUAUCUAAUCAAGAUAUUAUGGACCUACUUAGUUAGUGAAUAAAAAUUAUGUGCAAUAUUAAAUUCACGAUACAAAUUAUGAUUAAUUGUUUAACGAUAUAAAUAAUCGUUUUGUCUAGAAUUUUAAUACAUUUGAAUGAUUUGGCAGUAAAAGAAUAAUACAUAUGUACUAUUAAAUUCUGAUAGAUCAUUCCAGUUAUCACAAAAAAAAAAAAGAUUAAAAACGCUUCAGUUUUCGUAUUAGAAUAAUUAUAAAAUUAGAAUUUCAGAAGAAUUCAAUUUGAUUAUUUAAAUAAAUUUGCAUCAUUAUUACAGAAUCGCUAUUAUAGGUAUUCAUGCCAUCAAUUUAUAUUCAUACAUAUCCAUAAAAUAUAUAGCACGAUAAUUGAUAUUAUUUCAUUUAAUGAUUUAUUUAAUUUUUUAAUUUAUGUGAUAGAUACCCAUCGAGAUAUGAUCAUGUUAUAUUGUAAUUGGCAUAAAGGGUUGACGAAUUUGGUCAUAUUUGUAAUCUCUAAAUACAUCACUCUCUAUCUAAUUUAACUCUUAUGAAUUGAUUGUAUAAAUUGAUAUUUUCUAUCGAUUUAUACAAUUUACUGAUAUUAUGAUACUACUUUGAAUAAAAAGUAAAUUUAUUAUUCUUUAAAAAUAAUAAUAAGACGAUGUAAUACAUUAAGAUUAGUAAAGAGUAAAAAAAUGUUGACUAAUA